UGUCAGCCUGUGUUUGUGUGUAAAAAUGGGAGGAGAGUUUGACAGUUACAAAUAGUUUGAGAGUCAGACCCAUCCUUUCUUCAAAAAAACAAAGGGACGUUAUUUUAAUAGGCAGGUUACUGCACUACCAAACAAGAUAGCUCUGCUACCUUUUACAAACGACAUUAGGCUGAAGUAAAAUAAUCUGGCACGAUACUAUAACCUUACUAACUUGAACGAUUGAACUAGCCUGCUUGAUCAACGGUGUUUCUUUUUUGUUUUUGUUUUUUUUUAAAGUAAAAGUCCAUCUAACGGCUAUAAAAGCAGUGCGCGUUCUUACAUCGCUACUGUAAAACCGGUUUUACAGUCGAGGAGGGGUUUUGUGGACCAUCAGAUAUGGCUUUGGCUGCAAGUAGAUUGAAAGCCUUACUCUCCCCAGUACUGCAUUGUAAACCUACCAGAUUGUUCGCACGUUAUAAUGUAGCUGCUAAAACUGCGCAGCUUUCCAAAAGUGGCUUGAGACUGUAUUGUGUGCGGAUGGAUUCUACAGGAGUGCUAUUUCGUCAGCUGUUUGAGCCCGAGAGCUGCACAUACACCUACCUUCUGGCAGACGCAGACACCAAAGAAGCUGUGCUCAUCGACCCGGUUCUGGAGACAGUGGACCGGGACCUUAAACUCAUUAAUGAGUUAGGGCUCAAAUUGAAAGUGGCCGCAAACACUCACUGCCAUGCAGAUCACAUUACAGGCAGCGGGCUGCUUAAGCAGAAGGUGUUUGGGUUGAAGAGCGCCAUCUCCAAAAACAGCGGAGCUACUGCAGACAUCAUGCUUUCCGAUGGAGACACUAUCUCUUUUGGGAAGCAUAGUCUGACGGUGAGAGAGACUCCAGGACACACUGAUGGCUGUGUGACCUAUGUAACUGGAGAUCAAUCCAUGGCCUUCACAGGGGAUGCUCUUCUCAUUAGAGGCUGUGGCAGGACUGACUUCCAGCAAGGCUGUUCUCAGAAACUGUAUAAAUCUGUCCAUCAGAGGAUUUUCACUUUACCUGGACAUUGUCUUCUCUACCCAGGACAUGACUAUAAAGGACAGACUGUGUCAACAGUGGAUGAGGAAACAAAGUUUAACCCACGACUAACUAAACCACUGGAUGAGUUUGUGAAAAUUAUGAACAAUCUCAACCUCCCCAAACCUGCUAAAAUAGAUAUUGCAGUGCCUGCUAACUUGGUGUGUGGACUUCAUGACGUUUAAACAUUUUAAUCAACAUGGAGAAUAUGAAUCUAAUCUAAUGAGAAAAGGUUUUUUCCUUUUUUUAUUCUACAAUAAUUAUAUUGUUAAUCAUAAAUGGGGUACUUUGUGGAAUAUAGUGCUUGAUAGAUAAGAGAAUUUGAAAAACGCAUGUAUUCAGUAAUAACAAAAAGCAAUAAUAUAAUAAUGUUAAGUGUAUGCUCUGUGUUUUGGAUAUUGAAUUAUGAAACCAUAAUUACUCUUCUCUUAGCUGUGUCAUUUUGCCUCUUCUGUGAUAUCUGUUUAUCAGUGGGUAUACUCACAUGCUUACAGGAUCAGGGCUGUUUCCAGAGGUCAGCAAAUAAUCAUUUGCAAAUAAAAUCUGGUGCAUGUGUA